GAUUCUGGGUAAACCACUUACUCACACAUACAUGGUGUUGUUCUAUGGAAUUACGUCUUUAUACUUCCAUUCUGCCGUCCACCCCGGGUCCAGUGCUCCAGCAUCCUGCAGUCCAUGACUAGUAGCAGUGGCCACGCAGAUGGAAGACAACGUACUAAGCAGCUUCGCCUUUCUGCCUUCUGGACCCACGACAACGAUGAAACUGAUGAGCAGCAUCUUGAAGCACUCCGUAGCUUCUUCGAAUCGCGUAAUGGGACGGAAGAGUUGCAGAUGGUUGAAGAGGUGGAAAUAUUGGACGUGGGAGUCUGCUCCAAGACAAAACAUUUUGAAGAGGCUAUGCUAAAGGCUGAGGUAGUAGUGACACUGCUUCAGGAUAACACGCAUGCAGGACCUGGUCUGAGGAGGAGGAGGAAAAAGAAAGAGGAGGAGCUAGAUUAUGCUCUGAUUGGACGCUUGUGGUGUGAAGACAACAAUCCACAGGGGCUACUGCAGUGGCUGCAGCCAAAUCGCAGUGAAGGUUUCUGGCGGGGUGGGAUACGCUUUGAGCGUAAUGUACAUCUUGCAGUGCUAGGAUUUGGGACGCUUAGUGGUCUGACCACAUUUGCCCUGCGUCACCUUCUUGGGCCAUCCAGUUCUCUACAGUUUUCCCAAUAUUGUGAAUUCAAGCACGAUGAGCGCCUUCUGCACAUCUACCUUGAAACGAAGCAUGCUGUGGGAUGUGUCAACUCCAAAAACACCCUCUAUAGGCUGGUAGUGCACUAUCACCAAAUUCUUCGUGUGUUGGUGAAAGACAGCACGAGGACAGGACAACGGACAGACAUAUUGUUGCAGCUUCAGAGUAUGCCGUUGUUGUACCAAAGGGCAAAUGGUUUGGAGCCCGCGAGAUCAUCUGUUCACGGAAUUGAGCCUGCCUUAAUAGAUGUCGAACAACAGACAUAUGAAAGGACAUUAACUUUGGGGUGCGAGUGUAGCAGCAUUCUGUAUGCAAAGGAGCUGUCAGGGUGCUCUACCUUGUGCUUGGGCAUCCAGGAUAAGUUCAAGGCCAGGCACAUACUAGGACGCCUCAAUAAACGCUGUGACUGUGCACUUGGGUUUUAUUAUGUUCCGCUCAGAGUUGUUGACCUAGGACAGAGCAUUGUUCUUGCUGCUAACAGGCUGAAGGAAGUUGCCCUUCGCUUCCACUUCCCUAUCUGCUAUGCAAUGCAUGCAGUGCUGUUUCAAGGUGAUGACCUGCCAGCACAGUUUGCUCUGUUAAAUACUGACCAGCAGGAAGACUUCAUCAAUAACAUACGCCAAAUGGCUGUCAUGAACCCAUCUGCCUUCGAAAGAGCUCUUUUUGAGCUGCGCCUUGCCAUUGAAGGGAGGAGUGUUUUGUGCAUGGAAUCAGCUUUAAGAAGGGCUUUUGCAUCAUCACUAAUGCAUCAGUCACCAAAGGUCCCACCGGGUGCCUGCCUUGUGCGGCGCGUUUUAAAGAUGCCUUCACGAAUUGUCCUUCUUCCCCCACAAGUGCAUUCAGAGAAUCGUGUCCUUCGAGAAUAUGAUCCAGAGUAUGCCUUAAGGGUAGCCUUCCGGGAUGACAAUUUGCAACGAAUUUCCUUCACCAUAAUGUUCCAUAGUGAAAAGGAAGCUUUUCUGCGACAGGUAGUUGGACAGUUCCUGUCAGAUGGAAUGAGCAUUGGGAGUCGAGAUUUUCGCUUUCUUGCGGCAUCGUCUAGCCAGCUACGGGAACACGGAGUGUGGAUGUAUGCCACGGACACCAAGGGGAACAGUGUCCACUCGAUCCGCAACUGGAUGGGUGAUUUCAGCUCCGUGAAAGGAGUAGCAAAACGCAUGGCAAGAAUGGGUCAGUGCUUUUCUUCAACAGAAGAAACAGUGUCCGUGCCCAUGGAUAGCAACCAGGUGAAACGCGUGCCAGACAUAAAACUGGGAAUGCAUCCAGUCCUCCGUACCCGAUAUGUGUUCUCUGAUGGGAUUGGGGCCAUUUCACCCCUGCUACUUGAACAGGUAUGCAAGAAACUUGGGCUUCAAAAGACACCAUCUGCCAUUCAGAUUCGUUACGCGGGCUACAAGGGGAUGCUGUGCAUUAAUUCUGCACUCAAGGGUCUGUGCAUGACUCUACGUCCCAGUAUGUGCAAGUUUGAGUGUCCCAGCUCUAAUAAGCUGGAAGUGAUCAAGACUUCGGCCCCACGUCCCGUAUGCCUGAAUCGGCAGCUGAUCACCAUACUGGAACAGCUAGGUGUGAGCUCUCGAGUAUUUCUGCAGCUCCAGCAGAACACAGUUCUGAACGUAACAGAUGCUCUAGCAAGUGAGACGAAGGCCUUGGAGGUGUUGUCGUCGAGCUUUAAUUCUUCUGGACCAAGUCGUCUUAAGGAGUUGAUGCCACUUAAGAAGCUCCAUAAGGCAGGGGGGUUGUGCCUUUCCCAUGACCCAUUCUUUCGAUCUCUGUUGUUUGCCGUCUACCGUGACGCGGUUGAUGGCCUGCGCAGUAAAAGUCGCAUAGCUGUACCUCCAAACAAAGGGCGCAACAUGCUCGGAGUUCUCGACGAGACAGAGAAAUUGGCCUAUGGACAAGUCUUUGUACAGUACACAGAGCUGUACAAUGAGGAUGAACCUUGUCAAACCAGCAUUCUCACAGGGACAGUACUGGUGACUAAAUGCCCUUGCUUGCAUCCAGGGGAUGUCAGGAAGUUCACUGCAGUUGAUGUCCCGGAGCUCCAUGCCAUCCGAGACUGCAUUGUGUUCCCUUCCAAAGGCGACAGGCCUCAUCCCAAUGAAAUGGCUGGAUCUGACCUGGAUGGUGAUGAGUACAUAGUGAUUUGGGAAGAAGACUUGUUCUUUCCUGGCCCCAACAAGGAACCAAUGGUUUAUGACGAUGAAGAGUCCAAGCCGCACUGCACUUCUGUUACGGAGAAUGACAUGAUACAGUUCAUAUGUGACUACAUCAAGCACGACAGUGUUGGGGUCAUCUCAAAUGCUCACUUGGCCUGGGCAGAUGAUGUAAAUCAUGGCAUCUUCUCUCGUGUAUGCCUUAAUCUGGCUAAAAAAGUUUCAAAAAGUCUGGAUUUUGCAAAAUCUGGGAUGGAUGCACCAUACCUGGACAGGAACGAGAAACCUAGCCGCUACCCAGACUUCAUGGAAAAAGGAGGCUCCAAGAACACAUACCGUUCCCAGAGGGUCCUCGGACAGUUGUAUCGUGUUGGCCGUUCCCUUGAAGCAGUGGUCAGCACCAGUUGUGAGGCAUGCUCUGACUACAGCAAGCAGUCAGUCCUUUUUGAACUCCCUGGCUGGACAAAAUACAAAAAAUUUGCUGAACAAGGUCUGGAGCAAUACAGAACACGAAUGGAAGCAAUUUUGGGGCAGUUUGGAAUCCAGAGUGAGGGAGAGGUAGUCACUGGUGUUAUUCAUUCAGCUCCUCACCUUUACAGGGGUAACAAGGAAAAAAUGAACAUGGAGUUACUGGUGGACAAGCAAUAUCGUUCCCUAGUGGAAAGAACACAAAGGGAGUUCUUUGAUAAAGUGGAGAGUGAAUGCCUGAGCCUUGGUGUUAAGGGGCAGGCAUUAGAACGGACAGUUACCCUUCAAGUGGCAUCUGCCUAUUACAUGGUGACCUACAUGGCUUCCCCUGAGGAUGGACGACGGUUCCAACGAAGGCUCUUCGGCUUUCCCUGGUGUCUGUCAGAUGUCAUGCUGCAGCUCCUUAUUGAACGCAGAAACACUGGAAGCUUUACAACGCCACUGGAUGUCCCGCUUAACAUGAUAAUUGCCAAAAUCAACGGCGAAGUUAAGAGUGAAAGCGGUCAGAGUGCUGAAGAACUCGCUCGCACAGUGGUGGUCAAUUGGGCAGAGAAAGAGGAGCUGCUGGGAUCCAAAACCAAGGGAUUUUGCCCCGUGUGCCCCAGCUGCUUGGAUGCUGUUUUCACUCAUUUUUACAACCAGCAUCUUUUGCUUGCAAAUGGACACUCUGAAGAGGCAUACGCAAAAGACAGUGCCAAUGAUUACCAGUUCUUUGAAGGAGAUCUCACAUCUGUGGGGAGCCUCGUUGUUGGCUUUCUACGCCGUAUAGGAAGCGAAUUCAGUGCCAUUACCAAGUGUGUGGAUUGCAGUGUGGGAAUUGGAGGACAACACGCCCACGUACUGAUGCUGGCUGCUCUGCGCACUUACUCUAUGCUUGCCCUGUCCUGCGAUCCUUGCCACCUUGGACUUCCAUGUGACAAAGAGCAGCAUGAACCAUAUCAAGAGAUACAAGAAGGCAAUCCGGUGCGCCUCCUUGUAGAGAGUGCGACAUUGCUGAACAAGCUACGUGAAGAGCAUGAGGAGGUGCAAGAUCUUCUUGCCAAAUGGUCAGGUGUACACGAAGUUCACAUCAGGGGCAACAGAGACUUCCGUAAGCGGACGUACAUCCUGGUGUCUGCCACAGGACGUGACUGGCAGAGGUGGUUAUUGGAAGAACUUCUCCUGCAGCCAUGGCUCCCAGAUGCUAUUAGCUCUGGGAAUCUGCACCCUUAUAUCAAUCGUUUCAGGUCAUAGUCAACCUGCUGGUGAUUGGACAGUUCAGUUCAGUUCAUUGCAGUGUUGCUGUGUAAAUAGUGCUAGUUUUGUAUGUUGUAAAGGAUACUGAAAAUGCUGAAUUUCUUUAGACAAACUAAAGGCUGUUCUGAAGUCCCAUACUUAAUCCUAAUGUGAUUGUUUUGUUUGGUAUUAAAUUUAUAUGCCAGUAAAAAGGUUUUGUAAUGUUGUUCAAUUUUAAACUUUUCUCUACUUUAGCCUGAUCUUAAGCUUUGUUUUAACUGAUUUUAAGGUGUCUUGAAUUUUAUACAUUUAUUGUCGUAAAGCAUAUUAAAACAAUGUAUUGCUGUUC